ACAUUAUGGGUGCUAAAGCGAGGAAGAAAAGCAUAACUAAGACGUUGAAGAAGGGUGCCAGCGAAUUCUCUGCUUCUAAAGAUAAAGCUGCUGACUUUCUGCCAUUGGAAGGUGGGCCAGCUAGAAAACUUCCGGCUACUGAAGUACGGGAAAGUAAAGCGACAGUGUUGUAUAUUGGAAGGAUUCCACAUGGAUUUUAUGAGAAUGAAAUGGAAGGUUUCUUUAAGCAAUUUGGUACAAUUAAGAGGCUUAGACUUGCAAGGAAUAAAAAGACAGGAAAAUCAAAGCAUUUUGGCUUCAUACAAUUUGAGUCCCCUGAGGUUGCUAAAGUGGUUGAGGAAACUAUGCAUAACUAUCUGUUAUUUGAGCACUUGUUGCAAGUUCGUCUUAUUCCUCCUGAACAUGUUCAUCCCAGAUUGUGGAAAGGUGUGAACCGCUGGUACAAACCAUUGGAUUGGGUUAAAAUUGAAAGGAAGCGUCAGGACAAGGAAAGAACAUUGGAAGAGCAUAAUAAGUUGGUUGAAGGAAUUUUAAAACGUGACAAAAAGAGGCGAAAGAGGAUCGAGGCAGCUGGGAUUGAUUACGAGUGCCCAGAAAUGGUUGGUGCAAUUCAGGCUGCACCAAAGAAGAUCCGGUUUGCGGAUUAGAUCUUUCUGAGUAUAGUAUGUGAGCAAAAUAGUAUGUAUGGCAACAAGCAGAUUAGUAUAUGUGCGCGGUGUGUGACUGAGGAUCAGCUGAACUGGCAGGUUAACAGCCACAUUAUUUUUGCUACCGAGUGUAAACUUGUGAUGUUGUCAAAGGCUCUCUGGACUAUCGAUAACGUUGGAUUUCUUUGAUUUUGAAAAUCUAGGAUAGAAUUUUUUGUAACAUAGAGAAGACAAGGAAGAAUAUAACAAUGUUAUCUAUUGGUUGUAUACCGUGAAUCUAUCAUAGUUAAAGUAAUUGCUUUUCUUAUUCGAUCCUAACCUCAUAGUUAUCAAAAACAUUUUCUUCA